CCUGGAUGUUUUUUCCGCCGUUAAUGAGUUUGGAUACCAGGGACCGACAUCCAUGAACCUCUCCGUUCUCUGAAGCAUAACCACAGUGACCUCCGGGAAGUCAGCCCAGUAUCCACACAGUGAUCCUGACGGAAGCGGUGACCCUGCCUAACAGACACCCUGCUUCUCCUGCCCCCUACCCAACUCUGCCCCCCCGACCCCUGUCCAGAUUGGGUCUCUGUGCUGCCGGCGGUGGAUUGGAGCACUCUGAUUGGAGGCUUUGCGAGGUGGUUUUUCGGUCUGGCGCCGCCUCCCCCCGGGGCCGGCGUGCGCUCCCAGCAGCCCGUGGUGCCCUGUGCCCCCCCCUCCCCGUCACUGCACACCAGAGCCCAUGCCCAGGGAGGAGGCGCGGUGCGUCCGCCAGGAGCCAUGUGCCUCCCUCACACCAACAACAUGGACAGCAAGCUACAGGGGGCGGGGCCAGGGGGAGGGGCUUCACUUCGAUCACGAGCAGGAGGCGUUCCACUGGAGCCCUUCAUACACCAGGUGUGUAGGAAUGGUGGGAGGUCACACCAGUAUGAUGCGUUAUGAUGAUCACACGGUGUGCAAGCCUCUGAUCAGCAGGGAGCAGCGCUUCUACGAGUCUCUGCCUCCAGAAAUGAAGGAGUUCACUCCAGAAUAUAAAGGCGUGGUGCUGGUUUGUUUCGAAGGCGACUCUGACGGCUACAUCAACCUGGUGGCCUACCCUUAUGUGGAGAGCAACAUGGAGGGAGGGACCGCAGAGCAUGAAGAGCGUGACCCCCCAGAGAGGGAGCAGCCGAGGAGGAAACACUCCCGGCGUAGCCUCCAUCGAUCCUCCUCCUCCUCUGACCACAAGGAGGAGAGGCCCGACAGGAGGGAGUCGCACGACACCGACACCUCUGAUAAUCUUGCAGAGCUGAAGAGUCCCAGGCUCGACCCAAAGAUCCACUCAGAUGUUCCCUUCCAGAUGUUGGACUGGAACAGUGGUUUGAGCUCAGAGAAGAUCAGUUACAACCCCUGGAGCCUCCGCUGCCACAAGCAGCAGCUCAGCCGCAUGAGGUCUGAAUCCAAGGAUCGCAAACUCUUCAAGUUCCUGUUGUUGGAGAAUGUGGUUCACCACUUCUCUUACCCCUGCAUCCUGGACCUGAAGAUGGGCACCAGGCAGCAUGGAGACGACGCCUCCGAGGAGAAGGCAGCCAGGCAGAUGAAGAAAUGUGAACAGAGCACUUCAGCGACGCUGGGAGUCAGAGUGUGUGGCAUGCAGGUGUACCAGCUCAACACUGGUCACUACCUCUGCAGGAACAAGUACUACGGCCGCGGCCUGUCGAUCGACGGCUUCCACCAGGCCCUCUACCAGUACAUGCACAACGGAAAGGGUCUGAGGCAGGACCUCUUUGAACCAAUCCUGAAUAAGCUUCGCAGCCUGAAGGCAGUGCUGGAGAGGCAGGCGUCCUAUCGCUUCUACUCAUCUUCACUGCUCAUCAUCUAUGAGGGACAGGAACCUGAGGGCCCUUCAGUCCUCAGCUCUGGGCAGCAUGGAGCCUCACAACAGAAGACUCCUGCGGCCCCUGCAGAGGCCCACUGUGGCCCCGGGCCCCACGCACCUCUGCCCCCUGGUGCUCCCUGUGAAACGGACAUGAGCCAGAACCCAGACCCAGGGACACUGUCCUCUCAGGGACCUGGACUGAUUGCUUCGCCCGCCCCCUCCCCUCGUCCUCCCUCACAGGCCCCGCCCACCAAGUCAGACUGCCACUCCUCCCCCCUCCCUCUCUCCUUACCUCACCCCCAUCCGGACUCCUCCUCCCCUGCUCCAAAUUUAAUCUCCUUCCCUCCUUCUCCCGCCGCCCAGCCCCAGCAGCCCCCCCUGGUGGACGUACGUAUGAUCGACUUCGCCCACUCCACCUUCAAGGGGUUUCGUGGCGACACAGCAGUGCAUGACGGGCCCGACCGAGGCUACGUGUUUGGACUGGAGAGCCUGGUCCAGAUCCUGGAGAGCCUGCGGGAUGACAACCUGGCGUAGCCUCGAACAUACACACACAUACAAACACACGUACACAAACACAGACAAACACACACACACACACACACAGCUUGUUGUGAGUUAGUUCAGGUCGUGCAGUUAGUGCAGGUCAUGCCGCGCUGUUCUCAGGAAUUGAGACAGUUUGGCUGUAAAUAUGGAACAGGGUUCUUCAGGACGUCACCAUGGCAACAUGGGCAUUCUACAGUCGAGUAGUUACUAUAGCAACAGCCAGGAGAUGGGACAGUGGAGCUGAAAUGGCUGAAACUUCAAGAUGAUAUGGAGAACCUCGGUCUGUCUGGGGCUCUGCACAACACACACUUCUGUUCUGUACUUCUAUGCUUGUGAGGACCCUCAGUGACAUAAUGCAUUCCCUCGCCCCCACCGUAACCCUAAACAUCACAGCUAAAUGCCUAGCCACACCCCUCACCCUGAAUUCAACCUAAACUGAACUGUUUGCUUGUUUGAGCUUCACUGUGUAGAUUGUCUGUGCACACACUUCAUUCUGCACAGGGAAGCUCAAACAUCCAAGUAAAGUACAAUAAGAAAAACACACUGGGUCACAGAUGGGUCUUUUAACUGUAACACCAAGUCAAACUUUGAAGGAUGUGAGGAGCAUCCGAAAAUGUCUUCACUCCCAAGGUCAAAAAACUCCAGUUGGUCCUCAACAAGAUAGACGAACAAGAGCACGCGCACACACACACACAUGCACACAUAUCCUGGGAACAGUUGUCUGUGGAGCUGUUUGACAGCACAGCAGGACAAAGCGUCCUCUCUGAACAACCAAUCAGCUGGAUCCCAGGGGCUGCCCACCGAAGUUGGCCAACUCUCACUUUACCCCCUCUCACUCUGACCUCCCUCCCCUCCACUCCCCUUCACUCCUUGUUCUCUACAGAAACCAAACCUGGACAGGUGAAUAGACUCUUUUAGCGUUACCUUGAAAACACACUCAGAAACACAUCCAAGCAUCUGUUAAAGCAAUAGAUGGCGACGAUAGAUGGCAACUCUUUUUCUUCAGCAGUGCGGAGGGCAGCAUUGCCCAAAGGGAGGAGGUGAUCAAGUGCAACAGAGAUUUGCAUCGUAGAAGUAGGUUUUAAGGAGGAAAUAUAGAUCAUUUCUAAAACCGCUGUAUAUGUCCUGUUUUUGGGGCUUAAAACAGAAACAUUAGUUGGUGUCCUGUAAAAUCAUCCACUGGGUUAAUGUGUAAUAUCAAAAGCAAAAGUGUCAUUUUCCCAAAUCUGGUGAUAUUUUCCUUAUUGUCAACGAAUCCCACGAAAUGACCCAAACCAACAAUGAAUUCAUCCAUUAAGAAGUAUUGUAUGUGUGUAUUCAAAGCCUGAUAUAUCCUCUUUGUCUGUGCCACAGAGCUCCAAUGUCGCCCAGGAACAAUGAAAAACAGUGGAUGACAUGUUUCUUCAUUUUGACUCAAUCCCACAUACACUGUCCUGCUGCCCCAAAUACUCACUAGAGCAUCAAAUGUGGAUUAAUCCACCGCUGAAAAGACUCCCCAAUAAAUACAUUAUUAUCUCCUGUUUGAUUUGCUAACAACUACAUUGUUCAGCCGUUUUAGUUAAUUACUGUGCCUGAAAUUAAAUUAUAUAUUUGUAAGAGAGUUCUUUCCUCUAAGUAUUUUUUGAGGGUUAUUUAUGCCUUUAUUUUUAUCUCCAGCAGUAGAGAGAUGACAGGAAACUUCUGGCUUGACUCAAUCUGGGGACGUUGUGGUUCAUGGACGACCACCAGGGCGUCCCUGAAAGUUCAUUCUAGACCAGCGUCCAUUUAAUGGCUGUUCUGGGGCUUUCAGUUGUGCUCAGUUAUCAUGGAAUUGUAAAUUUCCAAAUUUUAAAAAGUCUUUGAAGACUUUUCAGCCAUGUUGGCUUUAAAAGAUCAAAAACUCCUGAACAGCGACUUAAUGUUGUUUCUUGCUGCUGUUUCCAAAGUCCAGAAUUAACUUUCACUCCCAACAUAGACGAGAAGUCCUUAAAGUGCUCAGAAAAAUGGGAAUGGUGGGUUGUAUGAUAGGAAAAGCUCUGGAAACAGCUACUCCAUGGAUGUUGAGAUUGUUUUGUCAGCUAUAUAUUUGUGGGCCGUUUCUAGGUUUUACAUCUUGAGUAGAACCAAUGGGCUUUGAGCUGAGUGCCACAGGCAGGAGGGAAGCUCUGAGAGACGGACUGACUCAUUGUUGGUUUCAGUCUUUUCAUGGGAUUGGUUUACAAUACAAAAAUAUAGACUAAUACCAGCCUUAUUAUUUAAACUUGGGCUGGGUGAUAUUGUUGAAUAACAAGAAUAUUUAAUAAGGAGAAUAUUUUUCUUACAUAUAUUCUAUACAUAUAUAUGAUAAAAUCACAAUAUGACAAAUCUGUGCAAAAUCACACAAAAUAAUCAAAUUCAUGUUCAUGGCAAUGAACGGUGUUCUACGGUUAUCCUUAAAAUCAGAAAAACUUCACUUUCAGCAGGUUUGUCAAUUAUAAAUUGCUCAUUCAUUCAAUCGUUAAUUUGGACAGCAGAAUUUUGUGAAACAUUUUUAAAUAAUGCUGAAUUACUGCUCAGCCCUCCCUCAAAUGUGUCACACACAAGAGGUAAAAAAAAGCAGUUCCUCAUCCUGUAACUGCAGAAGCAGAAUUGGCACAACGUCUCAUCUGAAGAUGUCACUGUUUAUCUCAUCCGAUUGGUCUUGAUGAGACAGUGUUAGCCAAUCACAUUUGUCCAUUUAUGCUUCCUUGAAAAAGUUCCAGAGGCCGGCUGUGACGCAACACCGCCCCCUGCUGGACAGCAGUAGGAACUCAACUCCAGGAGCUGGAAGAGAGAGCUAAUAUGAAUAUUUUAUUUUUGGUUUAUUGAGGUGAUAAUUUAUUUUUUUAUUGUACCUUUACCCAUGUGUGUGGGUAAAUGUUUUGUCUUUUACAUGUCCUCCCCCCUCCAGAUGUAUAAAAUGUAAAGAAAUUACGUACAUCAGAGACACAAUGUGUGAAAUGUCAGGAGAAUACGCAGUAUUAUAUGAGCCAACUCAAGUCUGUUAUAUUUGCUGCUGACUCAGCUUCAGUCUGACACUUUUUGGGUUUCAGCAGACAAAACCAGAUUGUGUUUCAUGAAGAAAACCGUCACAGCAAAUCCAGACUUCAGUCAGCUCCCUAAAUCCAACACUUGUGCCUGCUGUGGAGUUGUUGCUCAGGUGGGAAGCUCUAUUGAACAUUUGUGUGUUAGAACAGAGGUAGACGCCAUCUUUAGUCUUUGGUUUGUUUCACUUCACAUUUAAGGAGUUGGCAAAGAACUGCAUGCACAUUAACGUCCUGUCUUGGUCAGUUUCCACCACAGCAUCAAACAUUCUUGUUACAGUCAUCACAGAGCGGUGAUGGUCCACGUGUCCUCUCAGAUCAUGUUUCAUCAUGGAUAUUAGCCUCAAUGACUGAUCAGUUAUUUAGCAGCAUUUUCUGCAUCUGACAUCAUCCUGACUGUUUGUUAGAACAGUGAAAGUAAGUGAGAUUAAAUCUUUCCAGAAGCU